GCUGCGGCCGCGGCCCAUGGAGAUGGAGGGAAGGUAUGAACAAGACUAGUCAAAAUCCAUAAGAGAGGAGACUAGUAUAAAUAAAAGCUCAGCCAGAUGCCUUUGCUCGUACCAAUUCCUCCGUCCGUCCAUACAAACAGAGCUUCUGAGUUGGUACGAGCAAACACAGAGCUUCUUCCUUGCUUGCUUCUCCUCUCCGUCCGUCCAUGGAGCAGCAAUUCAUCCAUUUCGGCUCCAACAGCAGCUUCUACAGCACACCCACGCCUCCUCCUCCUCCUCCUCCUCAUGAGGCUCCACCACCACUCUGCUCCUCACCCAUGCCCUCCGCCUUCGACAUGGGCGACACCGACGACAUGCACCUCCUCAACACCCUCCUCCUCCACAUGUCUGGCGGCACCGCUUCUUCUUCUCACAUGGAAGCUGCCCAUUACUCCUUCGACCUGGAUAUGGACAUGGACAUGGAGCCAUCUUCCUCUUCAACCAGCUCCUCAUCUUCCUACUCCUCCUCCGAACAGCAGCAGCAGCAGCAGCAGGGGAUGCCCACCACCACUGCUGCCACCGCAGGACAAAGCCCCAGCAAGCGACGUGCGUCCCAGCAAACGCAGCAGCUGCACCCCGCGGCCACCAAGGGCCUCAUCGGCGUGCGCAAGCGGCCGUGGGGCAAGUUCGCCGCCGAGAUCCGGGACUCCACCCGCAAGGGCGCCAGGGUGUGGCUCGGCACCUUCAACACCCCCGAGGCCGCCGCCAUGGCCUACGACCAGGCCGCCUUCUCCGUGCGCGGCGCCGCCGCGGUGCUCAACUACCCCGUCGACCGCGUGCAGGAGUCGCUCCGCACGCUCGCGCUCCGCCCCGACGUGCCGGGAGGCUCCCCCGUGCUCGCGCUCAAGCGCCGCCACUCCAUCCGCAAGCGCUCCCCCAACAAGGCCAAGAAGGCGGCGCUAGAGCCCACCAAGAUGAUGAAGGAGUCGACAUCGUCCGCAGGCGUGGUGGAGCUGGAGGACCUGGGCGCGGACUACCUGGAGGAGCUGCUCCGGGUGUCCGACGAGCCGUCCGCAUCAUCCACCAUGCAUCACUAUGUCGACGACCAAUCCAGCACCACGCCGAUGCUAUUCCCUCAUUGCUAGUUUGAGAGCUCCAUCCAUCCAUCCUCUGCUUUGAGUUAAUUGCAAAUAGUGUCCAUCCAUCGACCGAUCGCUCGCUCGAUCAGUCAGUCUUACUUCCCGAUGUACGUGUACGUAUAUGUAGUAAAAUAUAUAGUAUGCCUCUCAGUUUCGCACGUACUACGUCAAAAAAAAGUUAGUUAUAGAACAAUAAUAUACAUACAUAUGCCAACGGCUUUCCAUACAAUUAUUAUCAUCGUGCAGGGUAUAAGUAUUAUGGAUGGAUGGCACUUCCAAUUUUCCUCAACAAGCAUGUGAGUAUAUCUAUCUAGCUAUAGUCUAGGGGGUGCACCGUGCACGU